UUUUCUUCAUCGUCAGAGUGCAGUGUUCCUCUCAAUACACGUACACCGCCUGCCCAGCUCACCGAUCCUACCGUGAGCCCCGCUGCUGGGCAUAUGGAUCAUGUCAUACGCACUUUGCGCACGAUCCAUGUUGGCAGAGCGGCGAGAAGAGCACUGCUCAGACAGUCAUUAGCCUCUUACCCUCGCCAUGGACGACGGACCAAUCUUCGCCGCUUAGCGACCGACUCGCAAUCCGAGUAUACAUACUCCGAGUCAGCGAUCCCCUUCGUAGAAGAUGGAUCCGCUGUUUCUGCAACAACGCUGCCAGCCUCGCCAACACCUCCCAAAAAACUUCAUAGACAGCAAUUACUGCCUGUCUCCUGCCCAGGCUGCGGCGCAUUAACACAAGAUGUCGAGGCAGGAGCCGCAGGAUACUAUUCAUUCAACCGAAAGGCCGUGAAAGACCAUGUCAGGCAACAACGCAUGCAAUAUCGAGAGGCUCUGGAUGAGAAAGAAUGGCUAAAAGACGAUGAUACACAUUCAGACAUCGACCAAGGGAACCAGAACGCUCGACGCAAGGUCGUCGUACUGCAAGAUGAGGAAGCGGUGAAGGAAGGUGAAUCCGAACAAUCUCUCUUACCCUCAUGCGAUCGUUGUCAUGCCUUGAAACAUGACUCCAAGGGCGAACCUAUUGCGCAUCCAUCUAUCGCGAACAUUGCAGAUUCCAUUGCCGAGUCCCCCUUCGAAAAAAAUCAUAUUUACCAUGUCGUGGAUGCGGCCGAUUUCCCUAUGUCUGUCAUCCCUUCCAUCCACAAAAGCCUCUCCGUGGCUCGACAACGCACCCAAAAUCGUCGGUCGCGUCACGUCCUGCACUCCACCAAGCCGGGCCUUUCCUUCAUUAUCACCCGAUCUGAUUUGCUCGGUCCGACCAAGGAAAAGGUGGACCAGAUCAUGCCCAAAAUUGUCGGUAUCCUACGGUCGAAAUUGGGUUAUUGGGGGGCGAAGUUGAGGCUCGGCAACGUCCAUCUGGUCUCCUCGAAGCGUGGCUGGUGGACUACAGGACUCAAAGACGACAUUUGGCAUCGAGGCGGGGGAAAUUGGUUGGUGGGCAAAUUCAAUGUCGGUAAAUCGAAUUUAUUCGAAGUUAUCUUCCCCAAGGGUUCAAACCAUCGGGCGUCUGCGUAUGCCGACCAGGAUGAUGCCCAGAAACAAAGACUUGUCGACCUGACGACAAAUUUGGACACUUUUCGUGUGGACAGCCUUCUCCCACCACCCCAGCCGGAGGCCCGAUUUCCUCCGAUGCCAUUGGUUUCUAGCCUUCCUGGAACAACUGCCUCGCCGAUUCGCGUACCGUUUGGAAGCCACAAAGGCGAGUUAAUAGACAUGCCGGGCUUAGAGCGGAGCGGACUGGAUCAUUUUGUGGAGAAAUCUCACAAAGUCGACCUGGUCAUGACUAGCCGUCCCACUGUGAGCCAACUCAACAUCAAAUUCGGCCAGUCUCUGAUACUUGGUGGCGGGCUUAUCCGCAUCACACCUAUUCUGGAUGAAAAUGAUCCUUCCACAAUUGUGAUGGCUUAUCCCUUUGUUCCUUUAAAAGCCCAUGUCACGUCGACGGAGAAGGCAAUUGGAAUGCAAAAUAAAACUCGUGAAAGUGGUGUUGAGUCUAUCCUUGCUGGAGACGUGGAAACAUCCAUAGCAUCAGCAGGCAAAUUUGCUCUCAAGACUGAUGUCACAAGAUUCCGCGCGGGUUCAAUGAUCAGAGCAGGCGCCGACCCCAAGAAACUUCCCUUCGAGAUCUUUGCCACAGACAUCCUGAUUGAGGGGGUUGGAUGGGUUGAAUUAGUCUGUCAGGUGAGGAAACGACGACGCCACCAUUCGACGUCUAAUUCUCUUGAACGGCCCUUUGAAGAUACAAACCUCCAGACCCAGGAGAACACUCCAGAAAUUUCUGCAGAUACGACACCUGAUGUUAGUGACUCUUCUGAUGUGCUCGAAGCCUCUUCAGAGCCUGCCGCGGAAGACUUGGCCCCUCAGUCUAGCUCGUCUCUUUUGGAGCCGUCAUUCCAGCCCUUCCAUACUGGCCUCUCCGAGGAGAUGACCAAGCCAAAGGCCGAGGAAGAUGAUGGUAUGUUCCCCAAAGUCGAGAUCUUCACGCCACAUGGGCGAUUUAUCGGUCAAAGGCCAUCGCUCUCAUUGUGGCAGUCAUGGCAGUCGGGAAACCCCAAGAAACAAGUGCGAAGCGGGCGGCCACGAAAGCCGAUGAGCGGAUCAAAGAAACGAGAGUCGAAAACGGAUACAAAAGGGCCAGCAGAGUAAGGAGCUUGAAUCUUGCAGGACUUUUGAUCUAUUCCGUUAAGACGACUAUUUUGCCAUAGGCAAGGUUCUUCUCCAUGGUUUCAUGAGCCUGAGCAAUGUCAUCCAUGCGAAAGGUCUGGCCUAAUUGGAGGGGCAGUUGGCCGUGUUGAACCUGUUUGAUCAUAUCAUGUAGCGGCAUGCGCAUGAAUGUCUCUGGGCUGCCAGAGUACUUUGUGAGAGACACGCCGUUGGGGAUAGCUUCCAUUGGAUUAAAGCCAUUUAAUUCCCAUUCAUUUCCUGUCAAAUUAGGGUUUUGUAACAUUAGCAACUCCGAAUCAACACACAAGUACAACAUACAAAAAUGCAACACAAUGUACAAUAUACAUACCUAAUAUACCAGCCA